AUGGAGGAGCAACAUGUUGAGGCUCGUGGUGGUAGAUAUUACAGAUCACUUGUACAGGUCAGAACUGGUCGUCUUGUCAGUGUUAGUGGUAAUACUGCAUUUGUUAUUAAAUUUGAUGGAGAAACAACUAUUGAACUAAUUGCUCAAUGCAAUUGUUUCAGAUUGAAUGGAGAACCUAUUGAUAUUGCUCUCAACAAACCAUUACAAUUGACAUCAAAGGGAUCUACUCUCACGAGACCAAGUGAAUUUUUCGGUAUUUUCAAAUCAGCAAAUGGUGCUACCAUCAUGUACUCAUUCUUUUCGAGGGGAGAAACUCGUUAUCUUGAUUUCAGUAUUGAUGCACCAACUAACCUUAAUUUCUCACAUGGUUUUUGUGUUAGUUCUGCUAAGGGAGCCAUUAAUGACAAUCUCUUCUACAAGCCUCUUGAAAAGACUAGAACCAUCAAGGCAUCAAGUGUAAAUAAUAAGCUUUUCGAUAAGGUAACCGAUACCCAACAACAAAAAGCUGAGAAUACUUGUAAGAAGGCAGGAAUAGACCCUAAGAAACAUCCAAAUGACUAUAGUUCUUGUGUAAUUGAUGCUUUGAUUGAUCCAAAGAAUGCCAAACAGAUUGCCAAAGGAAUGGUCAAGAAUCAAAAGAGGGAAGAAAAAGCAGCUAUUUCUGUCGCUAAGGAUACUAUUCGAACAAUGGAUAAGAAGGAUCUGGUAAAAUUUAUUUCCAAAAUAGUUGUUUCUGAGGAAAAGAAGAAGGCUGCUGUUCAAGAAACAAAAACUCCAAGUGCAAAAACUGUUUCCAAGACUUUGAAGGCAUUGUCUGUUGAUAACUUGAUCAAUACAUUGGAUAAGAUUAUUGACAAUAAGAAGGUUACCGUAAAAACCAUUAAUUCUACAAAGAAGAAACAAGAAAAGGAACAACAUAAGGCUAAAAACAAUUCCGAAAUGAAACAAACUCAAGGUGUUUCUCCAAAAGUUACUGAAAACAAAUUUAAACAAGAAGUUCAAAAAAUUACUGAAGGAAAGAGUCCAGUCAAGAGAUUGAUUAAAACCAAGUCAAUUGAUGACAAGCCAAUAACAGUUGAAAAAAAGAUUAAAUCAAAGGUUGCUCAAGAGUCUCUCGUACCAAAGAAGAAUGUUGAAAAGAGGACACAACAAACUUCAAAGAUCAACUUUGGAAAGAAUGACACCACCUUUAGAAAGAGAAAGAAGCAGACUUCUACAGCAACAAAGAAAGAAGCCAAACCAAAGAAGAAGUCAACCAAGGUUGAAUCUGAUUUCACUCAAUCUUUUGAUUCCAAACCAGUUGUCGAAAAGAAGAAGCCAAAAACUUUAAAUAUUGAAUCUCAAUCUGUUUCAACUAAAAAGCCAGCAACCUCUCAAAAAAUUACUGAGGGAAAGAGUCCUGUUAAGAUAUUGAUUAAAACCAAGUCAGUUGAUGACAAGUCAAUAACAGUUGAAAAAAAGAUUAAAUCAAAGGUUGCUCAAAAGUCUCUCGAACCAAAGAAGAAUGUUGAAAAGAGGACACAACAAACUUCAAAGAUCAAGUUUGGAAAGAGAAAGAAGCAGACUUCUCCUUCCACAAAGAAAGAAGCUAAAUCAAAGAAAGCUGAUGAUGAAGAAAUGAAACCAAAGAAGAAUUCAACCAAGGUUGAAUCCACUCAAUCUUUUGAUUCCAAACCAGUUGUCGAAAAAAAGAUUAGUCCAGUUACGAGAUUUAUUACAACCAAGGCGGUUUCUACAAAGAGUGAUCAAGAAACUAAACCAAAGAAGAAAAAAGAGGUUGAAGCGCCAAAGAAGAACUCAAAAACUACUUCAGAAAAGUCCAAGAAACAAUCAAAGAAAUCAAAGAAGCAAGUUGAGCAAACAUCUGAAAAAUCAGGAAAGAAAAAUACAAAGAAAGUUUCCAAGAAGACAACUGAAAUCAGUGAUUCUUCAAAGAAGACAUCUGACAUCAAAGAAACUAAACCAAAGAAGGGUAAGAAGUUGGUCAAGGAUAGCUCUGAAAAGAAGGUUAGUAAAUCAGUGAAAUCAUCAAUGAAGACAAAAUCAAAGAAGGAAGUUGAUUCUCAACAAGAUAUACCAAAGAAGACCUCUGAAGGCAAGGAAACAAAACCAAAGAAAUCUGCCAUUUCAAGUAAAUCUGUCGAUUCAUCUCCAACCAUUAAGCAAGAAACAAAACCAAAGAAAGGGUCUUCUGGAAAGAAUGGUAAUGUUUCAAAUGAAACACCACAGAAAUCAAAGAAGGAGGACUCCAAGAUUUCUUAUCAAGAAAAGAAGCAAAAAAAGAAGGUAAAAAAGGUAAAGAAGGGAGCUUCAACAUCUAGCAAAAAAUCAACCUCUGAAACAAGUGCUAAAUCAAAGAAGGAUAGUUCUCGAAAUGAAGAUGAAAUUUCAAUUCCUUCCAAGAAAUCAAAGGGUGGAAAGAAAAAGGAUUUAACUAGUUCAGUUGAUGCUGCAAAAAAGCAAAAGAGCAAGAAGGAACAAGUUCAAAGUAAUGAUGAAUCCACAACCAUUCAAAACAAAAAGAAAAAGAGAAAGGACACAAGCACUUCUAACUCUUCUGUCGAAACUCCAAAGAAGGACAAGGCUUCCAAGAAGAACGCUAAUUCUGAAGAUGAAGCACCAAAGCUUAGAAUUCCAAUUAGGAAAUCCAGACAAGCUCAAGGUAAUGAAGAAACACCAAUUCAAUCAAAGAAAUCAAAGGGUGGUAAGAAAAAGAUUCCAAAGGUAGAUAAAUCCAACAAGUCGGAAAAAUCACAAGAUAAACCAAAGCUCAGAAUUCCAUCCAGAAAAACCAGUCCAUCUCGAGAUGAUGAAGAAGUACCAAAACUUAGAAUUCCAACUAGAGGUCAAUCCAAUUCUCCAAAGAAUGCUCCAAAGCAAAGUGAAACUUCAUCUCAACAAAGAAUCGAAUCAGGUAUGAUGACUAUCAAGUCUGUUGAUUCUGUUCCAGUUACUGUUGAAAGAACCCAAAAGAAUACAAUCUCUACACCAAAGGUUAGAAUUCCAACCAAGAAAGGGAAAGAUUCAAAGAAACAACCAAAGACUGAAUCAAUAAGUUCUUCUCAAAAUGAAAGUGCAAUUGACUUGGCUUCUGAGAGAGUGGAACCAACUCGUCGUCUUCGUGAAACAGCAACAACAGAAUCAAGUGGUAAGAAGAAGAAGGAAACUGUUGAAUCUGCUCAACAAAUUCCUUCCGAAGAGGUUAGAGAAGUGAGCGAACCAGCCCUUUCUUCUGAAACAUCAAAACCAACAUCCAAAGGUAAACCAAAGGAAAAGAAAUCCAAUAGAAGAUCCAAGAGAACCUCUCACAAUGUAUCCCGUUAUGUCCCAAUUGAGAAAAGUCCACAAUCCAGAGCUGUAGAAAAACCAACAUCUGUGAAUCAAUCUAUUAAGACCAUCAUUAAUGUUCCUACGCCUGCAGUUCCAAAACAAAAACAAUGUAGACCCUCCAAAGUACCAUCCCCAGAUAAGAAAUUGAUCUCACAAUUGUCCAAGUUGAAGAGAAGAAACGAGAAAUUAGCUCGUCAUCUCAAGCAAGUUACUCGCUUCAAUCAACAACAAACAGCUUGGAAUAGAAAGAUGUCCCAAUCUCUUCGUUCUGAACAUGAAAGUAAGGACAGAUUAAAGCACUAUCUCCAACGAUUAAGACUUGAAUUAUCUGACCUAGAGAGAAGUAAUCAAUUUCAACAAAAUCAACAACCAACUGCCGUUACAAAUGAUAACCAGCAAUCUAUCGUUCUCAAUGUUGUAGGUUCACCAAAUUUACAAUAA